GUAAGAAAAUUAGGUGGCAUCGAUGACCAUCGGAUGUAAUUAUACGCACGUCACACCAAUUAUCAUAAAACUCACACUUCACCGGAGGAGAGAGGAAUUUUGAUCGGAGGACCGAUUCCGGCAACCUUACACACUUUCCCGAUCCAGAUCUCCUCCCGAUCAAAUUCAAUCAUGUCUCUCAACAUGAAAACUCUGACCCAAGCCUUCGCGAAAACCGCUGCUGUAAUCGAAAAAACCGUUCAGGACGUCACCGGACCCAAACCGCUUCAGGAUUACGAACUCCUCGACCAGAUCGGCUCCGCCGGACCCGGCCUCGUCUGGAAGCUCUACUCCGGCAAGGCUCGCGGCGGUUCCACGGUCAUUUCGCACCAGUAUCCGACCGUAUGCGUGUGGGUGCUUGAUAAGCGCGCCUUAUCGGAGGCUAGGGCACGCACCGGCCUUUCGAAGGCGGCGGAGGACUCGUUUUUUGAGAUUAUUAGGGCUGAUGCAAGUAGGUUGGUUAGGUUGAGGCAUCCUGGUGUGGUUCAUGUGAUUCAAGCCCUAGAUGAGAAUAAGAAUGCAAUGGCUAUGGUUACUGAGCCUUUGUUUGCGUCUGUGGCCAAUGCGAUUGGGAUGUUGGAUAAUAUUGCUAAGGUUCCACAUGAGCUUCAAGGAAUGGAAAUGGGAUUGUUGGAGGUUAAACAUGGUUUGCUUCAGGUAGCAGAAUCUUUGGACUUUCUUCACAAUAAUGCCCACCUUGUCCAUCGUGGCCUGUCCCCUGAGGCUGUCUUAAUCAACUCGAGUGGAGCUUGGAAGCUCGGUGGAUUCAGUUUUGCAAUAUCUGCGGAUCAAUCAACUACAGAUCCAUCUACUGUUCAGCCCUUUCAUUAUUCUGAAUAUGACGUUGAAGAUUCGAUUCUGCCACUUCAGCCAUCACUAAACUACACCGCUCCAGAGCUAGUCAGGGCCAAGGCCCCUUCCUUCGGAUGCUCUUCCGAUAUAUUUAGCUUCGCAUGCCUCGCUUAUCAUUUAAUUGCUAAAAAGUCCUUGUUUGACUGCCACAACAAUGUUAAAAUGUACAUGAAUAAAUUGACGUAUUUGUCCAGUGAGGCUUUUUCAUCCAUUCCCCCUGAACUAGUUGCUGAUUUGAAAAGAAUGCUUUCACCAAACGAGGCUUCACGGCCAUCAGCUUUAGAUUUUACGGGUUCUCCCUUUUUUCGCGAUGACACUAGGUUGCGUGCGCUUCGUUUCCUGGACCACAUGCUUGAAAGAGAUAACAUGCAGAAGUCAGAGUUUUUAAAAGCCCUGUUGGACAUGUGGAAAGAUUUUGAUGCUCGCAUUUUACGAUACAAGGUUCUUCCGCCUCUCUGUGCAGAGCUUCGGAAUAUGGUCAUGCAGCCGAUGAUUCUCCCCAUGGUUUUAAAGAUAGCCGACUCUCAGGAUAAAUAUGAUUUUGAGGCUUCAACUCUACCUGCUCUUGUUCCUGUCUUAAGCACUGCUGCAGGUGAGACCCUACUGCUUCUUGUGAAGCAUGCAGAGUUAAUUGUCAACAAGGCUAGUCAGGAGCACUUGGUUUCUCAUGUUUUACCCAUGCUUGUGCGAGCCUAUGAUGACACUGAUGCUCGCAUGCAAGAGGAAGUGCUGAAAAAAACUGUAACGCUUGCUACAAAACUUGAACCUCAGCUAGUAAAACAGUCAAUUUUGCCUCGUGUUCAUGGCUUGGCCCUCAAGACAACAGUUGCUGCGGUGAGAGUAAAUGCCUUAUUAUGUUUAGGUGAUAUGGUUACGGUGCUCGAUAAGCCAGCUAUUUUGGACAUCCUACAAACAAUUCAGCGUUGUACUGCUGUUGACCGUUCUGCCCCAACUCUUAUGUGCACCCUUGGGGUUGCAAAUUCCAUUUUGAAAAAGCAUGGAGUUGACUUUGUAGCUGAGCAUGUUCUUCCAUUACUUAUCCCCCUUCUCCUUGCACAACAAUUAAACGUUCAACAGUUCGCCAAGUACAUGUCGUUCGUUAAAUCCGUUCUCAGGAAAAUUGAAGAAAAGAAGGGAGUAACAAUGAAUGAUACAGGUGUCGACAUGAAAGCAUUUCCUUUACCCAAUGCAAGUGUAGCGCCACCGACUUCCGUUAAAAAUGUUCCAACUGCUUCAUCCACCGCAAAAACCAACUCCACAUGGGAUGAAGACUGGGGCCCACCAAAAGCAUCUUCCACACAACCGAAAUCAUCAACAAACAUACCGCAAAUUGUCCAAGAAAAUUCAAAAGAUUUGCAGUUCCCGAUGAUGUCUACUCCAUCCGUGCAACAAACGCCAACAUCAUGUCUCGCAGCCGAUUUCGAGUGGCCCCCGCAGUUAUCCUCCAAUCAAGCAGGUGGUGAUACUAUGAAAGGAGGGUCUUCAAAUGCCAGCUUUGAUGAUUUAGACCCGUUUGCAAACUGGCCUAUGGCAGCACCACAAGCUUCCACCAACGGUUUAUCAAACCCGUCUAUUAACAGAAACGCCACACGUGUAGAAAGUCAACCAAAUAGUAAUGACGACUGGGUCAACAUGGGGUUUCCCAGUUUGAGUAGUCUUAAUGGGGGAACUGCUAGCCAUAACCCCAUUGGAUCCAUGAGAAAUGACUAUGGCUCAUCAACUGGUCCCAAGACCGCGGAUCUUAGUUCCAUAUUUGCGUCUACCAAGAGCUCGAAGGCGGCACCGAGACUCGCUCCACCGCCUCAGAAUGCUGUCGGUAGAGGGAGAGGAGGUAGAACGCAAGGGCAAAGUCGUCAAUCGCGUUCUACCCAAGCAAAACCAUCAUCUGAGCAGCCUCCGUUAUUGGAUUUGCUCUAGUUUUGAACCUUACCCCAGGCAUGAAAAUGCAUGCGUGUUCAUAUAUUUGUGUCACGUUUUCAAGUUUUGUUUUCUUUUAAUAGUUUGACAUACUUGUAGGUUGCUUCUACUAUUAAUAGCAUAUCAUAUCACAUUAUAUUUUAUUUGAUUUGAUUGUUGUUUGUAUUAGUACAUUACGUGUUACAUAUUCUUGGUUUGGCGCUA